AUGGCCUCCCCAAGAGCUCGAAGAAAACUUGCCAAAGGCCAAUCCAACAGGAGAUUUAGAGACGUCUCCGCUCCGUACGCAAGUCCAACUAUACGACCCAGAAGUAGCAAGAAGACCAAUAUCAACCAGCAUACAAACUCUAGAAAUGUCGCGCGUGGGCGCGGUUUGCAAGUAAAUGGUGUUGAUGACCAUACGCAAAAUGGUAAGACAGUCAAUAAAGGCGUGAACUAUCAGUUCUUCGGGUCUGGAACAUUCUGGCGAGAACUCUUACUUCAACGACCGAAUCCGCCACAACGAGACGACCGUCUGGUCUACACGGCCACGCGUGAUGAAUCGCCUGACUCGCCAAUGAGUAUCUCCGAUAUGCUGCGAAAGUUCAGCUUAAGGACACGCAAGAUUAUAAAUAAACUUAAGCAGAUUCUUCUGACAAUACGUACGCAUCAGAGAGAUGCAAGCGAACUCAUCAAGGGCGCCUUCAUGGACGAAGAGUUAGAAGAUCUAUUGCUUUGGAGCAUAGAUCGCCGAAAGUCGACUGCGAUACUUUCCCCGCAAGAUCUUUUGGUCUUUGGCAAUGCUCUCGAGCUUAUUCAGAAAGGCGAGCGAACUAGCCGUGAACCAGUCGAGCAUUUGCUGGAGACUUUGGAAGGUGCGCGCAAGCAAUCAGAAACGAUGAGUAUCGAACUGCGGAAGAUUCUGUUGCCCAAGUUAGGAUUCCUAAACGAAGAGAAUAGGAUUAGAUGCAUUGAUAUGAUUGAGGGGGCCGGGAAUUGCUUAAUGGAUUUCCAGACUCACAUGAAUAAUUAUUACAAGAGUCUACUGCUCGCUGAGUCGCCUAGUCAGCAGCCAUACAGCUUAAAGCCGGCAGAGGUAAAGGAAUUGGAGGAGCUAGCUGCAUGUCGUAUCGCUUCUGCGAUCCUCUGUCAGCAGCUUUGCAGACUUUGCGACGAUCAUACAACCCAUCAGGUCUACAUAAACUUGGAUGAGGUUAAAUCGAUUCCGGAAGAUGAACGACAACGACUUCGGUUCCAUCUUGCAUUCACAAAGUCUGGUGAGAAUGAUGACGACCUUGUUUGGAUACAGGCAGACUCGAUGAUCGAUGUCACGACCGCAAGCAAGACGUCAAACGUUGUCGACGCCCCUAUCGAACCAGGCCAAAUGGUAGAGCGGCCGAUGUUCUGCGUAGCCAGCCUUGAGACCGGCAUGAACUUUAGAUUUCGAAUAGGAACGAGUAUCCACGUGCAGCAGCUUCCACGAUGGGGCGGAUCAUACCCAAUUGCCUUGUCGGAUUGGAUUAUGCAACCUUACCUCCGCCCGCUAAUUCGCUUCCGCGUCGCGAGGCUCAUCGCAGAGGCUGUGUUAAAGUUCGAUGCCACUAUCUGGGACUUGACAAGUUUGAAAUCGAGGAACAUCAUGUUACUCAUUCCACACAAGGGGCUCAAAACACACCUGGGAAUCUGCCUUCAAGAACAAAAGGCGAUUCUUAAGUCAGAACCAUCUUCUUAUCGUUCGGAUGAAGUUCAUCGCAGCCAAGAGAUUCUGUACAACCUCGGUGUAAUCCUUCUCGAGUUGGCGCUCAUGGAACACCUUCCAGAAGGUUACAGUGAAGAGCAUAUCAAAGAGAGAUGUAAUGAAGAUGUAGUACAGGAGAUGGGAAACGAAUAUGCCACAGUCAUAAGGUUCUGCCUUCAGUUCAAACGCGGUGAUGUGCAAGGCAGCGGUAGCAUAUACGACAAGAGUAUGCAGGAGUACUUCUAUCAGCGUGUGAUACGGCUAUUGAAAUUAGGAGAGGAGCCGCUGCAGAGAUACGAGAGGAAACCGUCCGAAUGA